GCUCUGCUGCUGCUGCUGCCGCUGUCAUCGCCAUGGAGGAGCAGAAGGGAGGCGGAAGGGAAGGAGGCCCUGCUCCUGCCAAGGCCGCCCAGGACCAGGGCUCGGGGGCCUGCCUCCCCUGCUGCCCCGACAAGGAGGGGCGAAGCCGGGCAACCGGUCCUCGUAGGACCCCCCGCCGAGUGGCUCACCAGAUCCCCCCAGAGAUCCUGUCCGACCCGGACCUCCAGGCGGCUGUGGGGUCUCUCCCCCACAACUACAACUUUGAGGUCUACAAAACGGUGUGGCGGAUCCGGCAGGCCAAGGCCAGGCGGGUGGCCCUCCAGAUGCCCGAAGGCCUCCUGAUGUUUGCCUGCACCCUUGCCGAUAUUGUUGAGAGAUUCACGGGAGCAGAGGCCGUUGUGAUGGGGGAUGUGACCUACGGGGCAUGCUGCGUGGACGAUUUCACCGCCCGAGCCUUGGGAGCCGACUUCUUGGUGCAUUACGGCCACAGCUGCCUUGUCCCCAUUGACUCCGCGCAGGGACUGCAGAUGCUCUACGUCUUUGUGGACAUCAAGAUCGACGUGGCUCAUUUUGUGGAGACCCUCCGCUUCAACUUCACCCCCGGAGCCAAACUGGCCCUGGUCAGCACUGUCCAGUUCGUCUCGGCCCUUCAGGCUGCUGCCCAGGAGCUGAGGUCCGAAUACACCAUCCAGACCCCACAGUGCAAGCCUCUUUCGCCCGGGGAGCUGCUGGGGUGCACAGCCCCCCGACUGACCCAAGACACCAGCGCCAUUGUGUACCUGGGAGACGGGCGUUUCCACUUGGAGUCCAUCAUGAUCGCCAAUCCCAGCAUCCCGGCAUACAGGUACGAUCCGUACAGCAAGGUCUUCUCGCGAGAGCAAUAUGCCCACGAGCGCAUGCAGGAAUCCCGGAGGAGGGCCAUUGGCCGAGCUGCGGGGGCUGCCAAGUGGGGGCUCAUUUUGGGGACCUUGGGACGCCAGGGGUCCCCCGCCAUCCUGCAGCACUUGGAGUCUUGCCUCCAGGCUUUGGGAAGGCCCUAUAUUCGAGUCCUGCUCUCCGAGAUCUUCCCAGGAAAACUGGAGCUCUUCCCUGACGUCGAGGCGUGGGUACAGAUAGCGUGUCCCCGGCUCUCCAUCGAUUGGGGAGAGGCCUUUGGUAAACCGCUGCUCACCCCCUACGAGGCCGCAGUGGCUCUGCAGCAAGUGGAGUGGCAGGAGACCUACCCCAUGGACUUCUAUGCCAGCCAGUCACUCGGCCCCUGGACAGUCAACCACAGCACCCAUCACCCCCAGAAGGUGGGCAGGGCUAAAGAGGCAAAGGUGGCAAAGCCAGCCGGGAAGAAUGCCUGCGAGGGCUGCACCUGCCCAGAGGAAGCAUCUCUCCAGAGCCAGCACCCUUGAGUCUCGGAGCAAGGCCUGGAGGGUUUGGGCAAACCCUUGGACCAUGGCACAUAACUGGGCACGUAACUGGGAGGGCAGAAACUGCAGCUUCAUUGAGGCCCAGAUAUAGUGGAUGGAGCUUUUGCAAAGUGAGGCCACAGGCACCAGGCCCAUGCCAGCCAAAGAUGGGCUGCACCUUUGAGUCCUGUGCGCUGGGAACUAGGAAGGAGAUUUCUCCAUUCCUCUAUACGCAACACUCUCUUUGCCCUUUCCUGCUGGCACCCAAGUGGCAGAGCCAGUUCAAAAGGGGGAAGGUCUGUGGGUGAAUAUUUGCUUGCUGAGCAAGCGGUGGUCUCCUGCUUCUUUGCAACCCACCUACUUUGGGGCAUCGCUGCUGCCUUUGAGAAGAGAGGGAUGGGAGGAUUCUCAAGCCAGUUCUUGGAGGAGAGGGGCCUUUGCCUUUUAAGCUGGAGCUGAUGGCAUCUGUGCAUCUCCUCUCCCUCACAUUCCUUUGGCUCUUUAUCCAGCAAACCUCUUGGCCUGGAGGCCGGAAGCGCUCUUCCCUGGGCUCUGCUCCUCCAAAGCCUCCCUAACAAAGUUGUUUGAAUAAAAUACAUGAAAAUGUUGAAACCUGUUGCUCUUCUUUCUAAAGCCUCUUGGCCUGGAGGGGAUUCCCAUUGACUGGGGUUACUGUGAAGGGCCUCCUUUUGGUACAUUUCAGGCGCAAUUGGGGAGUGGGUGCCUCCCAGGAUCGGAUUCACUUUGGCGUUUGCGACUUGGGUUUUCCAAAAGGGAGAACAAUGUGUCUUGUAGGAUCACCAUGAAUCCCAACUGACCCGAUGGCAAUAAAUAUCAACAGAAUAAAUAGGAAUGCCUUUC